ACUUUAGCUGUACCUACCAAAACUGCUCUGGUCCUGUGUAGUACAGUGACAGUGUACUAUACUCCAACAUGGCGGAUGAAGAUGAAAUUUUAACUGAAGAGCAAAUUGCAAUAUUGAAGAGUGCCUUCAAUGCCUUUGAUCAGGAAGGCACGGGGAGCAUCAGCAUGGAGAUGGUGGGGACCAUCUUGGAGCUGAUGGGAUGGUCCAUGACUCCAGCGGAACUUAAAGAAGUCGUGGACGAGGUGGAUGCCGACGGAUCUGGUUGGCUGGAGUUCGAGGAGUUUUGUCAACUGGCCUCCAAGUUCGUGAUGGAAGACGAGGACGGUGGCAAUAUAGAAGAGGAGUUGAGAGAAGCGUUCAGAAUGUACGACAAGGAAGGUGAAGGCUACAUUACGACAGACGUGUUGAAAGAAAUCUUCCGAGAAUUGGACAGAACUAUCACUGAGGAAGACUUGAACAGCAUGAUUGAGGAGAUUGACUCUGACGGCUCCGGUACUGUGGAUUAUGAGGAGUUCAUGGAAGUCAUGACGGGAGAGUAAAUAAAAAGAAAAAUGAAACAACAGUGACCACAAAUUACAUGCUAUACUGCACAUGAACUAUAAAUGCUAUUAGAUUUGUUAAAUGUUACUAGACGUAAGCAACAUACGAGGCUAGUCCAGAAAGUAAGUUCCGUUUUGGAAAAAACAUACGGAUAAUUUUAUUUAAAAAAAUAAAAAUAUUUCUACAAGAAAGAAAAUAUCUCAAACUAUUUUUCUACAUAGUUUCCACCAUUGUUUAGACAUUUGUCGUUGCGAGGAACCAACUUUUCUAUAUGUACCCACUUCAUAGAAAGAUGCCGUCAUUGAAGAGAGCCAUUGCCGAACACCGACUUGAGCGUCGUCAUCGCUGUCAAAGCCGCGCUGUCCGAAAUCCCGCUUUAAUUGCAAAAACAAGUGGAAAUCAGGUGUCAGAUCCGGGCUGUAUGGCGGAUGGUCAAACUGCUCCCAACCAAAUCAAGGUUUUGAGUGGCAUCAGCAGAAUGGGGUCUCACAAAAGAUGGCUGCGAGCAUCGUCAUAAACAUUGGUUCUCCCAUCAUUGAAUUGCCGAAUCCAUUCUUACCAUUCCAUCACUGAUAACUUUUUCUCCAUAAACUUCUGUAAGUCGGCGAUGAAUUUCAGCAGACUUCAUGUUCCUUGUGUUUAAAAAACGUAUUACAGUCCGCGGGAUGAAAAACUGUUUCAAACAUUUUGAGUGUACACUAAUUAAUGUAACACAACACAAUUUUGCCUUAAUUGCGUCAGCUGUUCAACAAUGAACCAAGGAGACUAGUGUGCAUGCCCAUAACAUCGUUGUUAGCGCUGUGCCAGCAGUAGAACGAAACGGUACUUACUUUCUGGACAAGCCUUGUAGUAAUUGUCUAUUCAGUCAAUGUUAUAAAUCAAGAACUGUCUUUUCUUUUACAUUUUUGUUAAGUUAAUUACUCUUAAGAUCCAAAUACAGACCAUUUUGAGAA